UUGAGCCUCGGCGCUAGCCGUCGCCCACCCUGCCGCGGAGCUGACCGCGCCUGCGCGUUGAGUUCCGGAAGGUGGUUCCGGUCAGCGGGACAACGCGGCACCUACUCUUCAAAGCGAAGCCGGGAAUUUUCGCCACUCUUGUGGCCGCCAUGAGCCGCAGUUAUAACGAUGAACUGCAGUUCUUGGAAAAGAUCAAUAAAAGCUGCUGGAGAAUCAAGAAGGGCUUCGUGCCCAACAUGCAGGUUGAAGGAGUUUUCUAUGUGAAUGAUGCUCUGGAAAAAUUAAUGUUUGAAGAAUUAAGGAAUGCCUGUCGAGGUGGUGGUGUUGGUGGCUUCCUGCCAGCCAUGAAACAAAUUGGCAAUGUGGCUGCCCUGCCUGGGAUUGUUCAUCGAUCGAUUGGGCUUCCUGAUGUCCAUUCAGGUUAUGGGUUUGCUAUUGGGAAUAUGGCAGCUUUUGAUAUGAAUGACCCUGAAGCAGUGGUAUCCCCAGGUGGUGUCGGAUUUGACAUCAACUGUGGUGUCCGCUUGCUAAGAACCAGUUUAGACGAAAGUGAUGUCCAGCCUGUGAAGGAGCAACUUGCCCAAGCUAUGUUUGACCACAUUCCUGUUGGGGUGGGGUCAAAAGGUGUCAUCCCAAUGAAUGCCAAAGACUUGGAGGAGGCCUUGGAGAUGGGUGUGGACUGGUCCCUAAGAGAAGGCUAUGCCUGGGCUGAAGACAAGGAGCACUGCGAGGAGUACGGAAGGAUGCUGCAAGCUGACCCCAAUAAGGUCUCUGCCAGGGCUAAAAAAAGAGGCCUUCCCCAGUUGGGGACUCUGGGAGCAGGCAACCACUAUGCAGAAAUCCAGGUUGUGGAUGAGAUUUUCAAUGAGUAUGCUGCUAAGAAAAUGGGCAUCGACCAUAAGGGACAGGUGUGUGUGAUGAUCCACAGUGGAAGCAGAGGCUUGGGCCACCAAGUAGCCACAGAUGCGCUGGUAGCUAUGGAAAAAGCCAUGAAGAGAGACAAGAUUAUAGUCAAUGACCGUCAGUUGGCUUGUGCUCGAAUCGCUUCGCCAGAGGGUCAGGACUACCUGAAGGGAAUGGCAGCGGCUGGGAACUAUGCCUGGGUCAACCGCUCGUCCAUGACCUUCUUAACCCGUCAGGCUUUUGCCAAGGUCUUCAACACAACCCCUGAUGACUUGGACCUACAUGUGAUCUAUGAUGUUUCUCACAAUAUUGCCAAAGUAGAACAGCAUGUGGUGGAUGGAAAGGAACGGACUCUGUUAGUACACAGGAAGGGAUCCACCCGAGCUUUCCCUCCUCACCAUCCCCUCAUUGCGGUUGAUUACCAACUCACUGGACAGCCCGUGCUCAUUGGCGGCACCAUGGGAACCUGUAGCUAUGUUCUCACUGGCACUGAGCAGGGCAUGACUGAGACCUUUGGAACAACUUGUCAUGGAGCGGGCCGUGCACUGUCCCGAGCAAAGUCAAGGCGUAAUUUAGAUUUCCAGGACGUCCUAGAUAAAUUGGCAGACAUGGGAAUUGCAAUCCGUGUUGCCUCACCCAAGCUGGUUAUGGAAGAGGCACCUGAGUCCUAUAAGAAUGUGACUGAUGUGGUGAACACCUGCCAUGAUGCCGGAAUCAGCAAGAAGGCCAUUAAACUGAGACCGAUUGCUGUUAUCAAAGGAUAGAACCCUGACCGCAGCCACCGGACACCACUGACCCUCACUGAAGUGGACGUGGGCUGAAAUGCUCUUCAGACAUCAGACUCGAGACCUGACAGGUUCCAGGGUGUGCAGGUGUAGCUGCCCAUUCCAGAAUGGCUGGUGGGGAGGCGCCUGAUUCGGGAGCCAAUGUUGUAAACUUUCCCUCUGGGAGGAGUCACAAUGCCUCCAUUUGGAAAGGGAUGCAUAUGCUUCCUCCCUGAUUAUCCCACAGGUUUUUAGGAAAGUCUGUUAGGGGGUGGGGGUAAGUCAAGAAACUGCCUUACUCAGUCAUACAAGUCUUUAAUCAUCAGAAGGAAGUUCUUUACACCAGCCUUUGUUUCCAGCCUGAGAGGUGUCAUGAAGAACAUUGUAUUAAAUAGGAAGGUUUUGGAAUGUUUCUUUUUGCCCUCUGUUUGUCAGUUUGUCCAUUUAGCCACUCAUAUACCCCCUUCCCUGCACUGAGCAAAACCCUAAGUACCAUUCUUACUUGGAGCAUAUAAAAGGGUCCUAGCAAGAUGUUAGAUGGGUAAUGAGACACGUUAUGGAGGGGUUACGUGUGGAGGUGUAGGGAUAGGGACCCAAAAGAGAAAGUAACUCAUCAUGGACUUGCUACCUUUGUCAUUCUAACUAUAAGGCAGACUUCUGACUUGCCUGUAAAAAUGGCAUCAGCUGGUAUCUUUAAGUAGGCCUAGUCUGGCAGAGUUUUCUUGAAUAAUAACUUGCACAGCAGCAGCAGAGAACCCUAACAUAAUACAGAUAUCUUUACAUUUAUGAUCGAAUUAUUAUAAAAGCAUCAAAUGGCCGCAGCUAUGAUGUUAAUGGUUACUCUGUGUUGACAGGUUGGCCAGUCCUUGUGUCACCUGAUCAGAUUGGUAUUAUAUACUGUGACACCCAAAGAUGUUAACGUUAUAGGUUACUAAGGCCAUAGUUGAGUCUAAAUAGCCAGUAAAAUAGAAGAAUCUAAUAAAGUUGUAAUAUGUUGUUUAUA